AUGCCCAAGACAUCGACCCCCCAUAGCCAAUUCGUCCACCAUGCGAACGGACAAACUACUCAUUACAUUGUCGAUGACUUUACAGACCCGUGGAGGCAAUCAGAGACCGAGACUAUCCUCAUACAGCACGGCUUUGGCCGCCAUUUUACCUUCUGGUACCAUUGGAUCCCGGUACUUGCAAGAAAAUACCGUGUCAUUCGACGUGAUCUUCGCGGACAUGGCUUGUCGAGCGAUCCAUCCGCUGACUAUGAUUACUCCCUCGACACCAUAUUGAGCGAGAUCGUAGAUCUCCUAGACCAAGAGAAAGUUGCCAAAAUCCAUCUCCUUGCCGAGUCUACUGGUGGAAUGAUUGGGAUAGCGUUCGCAGAAAGGCAUCCGGAACGGGUCCUCACCCUGACAACUUGCGCCACACCUUCCUAUUUACCACCCGACGCCAAGAAACGCUGGGGACUAGAAUUCGAGGAUUGGCCUACUGCAUGCCGGAAAUUAGGUGCUCGCGAAUUCAACAGGAGAAUGGCGAAUCUCCCUGGUGGAAUCGGACAAUCGGACCCUGUCUAUCAAAAUUGGUGGCUCGACCAGAUGGAUCUCUCCACGGGGGAAGGAUUUGCGCGAUAUGCGGAAUUUCUGAGCAAUCUUGAUGUCCGACCCAUGAUGUCCGGUAUUAAAUCCCCAACUCUAAUCCUGGCGCCGACGAACAGUGGAAAUACCAGCUUCAAGGACCAGGAAGCGCUGAGAGAUCUAAUCCAUGGAGCCAGAUUGGUACCCAUCGCAGGGAAGGGUCAUGAGAUAUAUGUUGAUCGGGCUGCGGAGUGUCAGGAGGCUUUUCUUGACUUUCUGGACCAGACUAAGAAACGGAACAAAGGCAAUUGA